CCCCAGAUAGAAAAACAAACAAUUGGCUUACACAUUUUCAAGGACAAGUAAUCAAAAGCUCAUAUAGAAGCUUCAUCAUGGCUACGUCAGGAACAUACGUGACAGACGUUCCUCUCAAAGGGUCCGCGGAGAAACACUACAAGAGGUGGAGAAGCGAGAACCAUCUCUUCCCCGAUGUCAUUGGCCAUCACAUCCAAGGUGUCACCGUUCAUGAAGGCGACUGGGACUCCCAUGGGGCCAUCAAGUCCUGGAACUACACAUGCGAUGGGAAGCAAGAAGUGUUCAAGGAGAAGAGAGAGUUUGACGACAAGAAGAUGUCGGUGACGUUUAGAGGGCUGGAUGGCCACGUGAUGGAGCAGCUUAAGGUGUAUGACGUAAUCUUCCAGUUCGUCCCAAAGUCUGAAGAAGGUUGCGUCUGCAAAGUCACUAUGAUAUGGGAGAAGCGCAAGGAAGACUCUUCAGAGCCCAUCAAGUACAUGAAGUUCGUCACGAGCUUGGCUGCUGACAUGGACGACCACAUCCUCAAGGACCAGAGUAAGGCCUAAUCGUCAUGGAGGAUGACCAUCUUUAAUAUAAAAAUGAAUAAAUUAAAGAAGCAUCCUCUAUAGAUAAUGUGUGUCUUUUGUGUUUGUCUUGUACAUGAUCAUCCGCACUGUGUACAUUUCAUGCUGAUAAUAAUGGCGGUCUUUUUAAGGUUAUGUAUCAUCUCUGUCUUUGAUGAUUUGGUGUUGUCAUGGUGUAAAAUGGUUUGUGUUCGUAAUAUAUAAGUGUGUGUCGGUUAUACAGUUUUAU